CAGAGAGAGGCAAUGAGUGGCUGCUAAACCCUGCUGCCAGUGCUGCCCUCUCUCCAUGCCCUGAGAUUCCAGCUAUACCCCUUUAAAUCCUGCAGAGAGAGGGAGGAGGGAUCCAGGGAAGGAAGCUGGGGAACAGGAAGAGGAGGAGAUAGGAGAGGAAAGGCCUGUGUAUGGAGGUAAUGUGUGUCUAUACCUUUAAAUUAAAGGGGGGGAAGAGAGAAAGGAAAGGGGAGCGCUGCAGAAAGGGGGAGUGGGGAGCCCUCUCCCCAAACUUCCUUCUCCUGCCAGUCAUGUUGUCUCCUGCUCCUUGUGACCUGUUUAAACAGCUGCCUCCCAUUAACCCCUGUCCUACCUAUCACCUCACUGACGCAGAGGUCAUCCCAUUAACCCUGAUUUAGCCAAAAGGCAGAGCUCUGUGUGCGGGAGGACUACAACUCCCAUGAAGCUUUGCUUCAGUGUGGCACAGCAUCACGGGAGUUGUAGUUCUACCACAGCUGGAGAGCAGUAUGUUCUCCAUUCCUGCUGUAACUCCUACUUUACAGGACAGCAUGGCUAUGUAUCCUGGAGUUAACUGCAAGUCUCAUCACUGUAAGCUGGCUGGCUGGGGAUGGAUGGGAGUGGUAGUCCAGCAUCUGCUUCAAGUAUUGGGGAGCAAGGUGCCCAAAAACCUGAUAGAUGGCUCUCAUCAAUAUUUACUCUUAAUCUAAUUGUUAUAGAAUGCCUCAUUAACCCUGUCACUGCUAGUGUCACAGUUAUCACAGUGAGAAUUCCCUUAUAUGCUGCCAUUAAGUUUCUCAUUAACCCUUCACAAGUCCAUUUACUUGUAGCAUUGCUUGUUUUUUCUACUCACUCAUGAAUGGUCAUGUGUUUCACUGUAUUCCCUAUUAAAUGUCCUCUGCCAGGGACACAAGACAUGAUUGUUUUAUUACUUCGCGCCCUGUUGGAGACCUUUCAAAUUCUAACAGGUUUGUCCACCUCCCAAAGAUCCCUAGACAGAGUUAAUUACUAAAGUUGGAAUUCAAAAAGAAUUUUAAACUUGAAUCCAAAGUAGCCAAACUAAAAGCAUAGCCAAGCUUUGAUCAUUUUUCCACUUUGACUACUUUGACCUUAAAUUUGAAAUUCAAUUGGAAUUCUCUUCUAUGGGAACUGCUCCACUUUUAGAACUUUUCCCCCGAGAAAUGUAUGUAGUACAGAGUUCCUAAUGUUUCAGUGUAAUGUGUUUCAAUAAAAGGCAUUCAUUUAUCUUGAGUAGUUUUAGCAAGUUUUUUCUUUUAUUUAAAAGCUGACUUGAAAGUUAGGAGAUAUAGCUAAGAUGGGUAAUAAAUGGGUAAUUUUCCAAUUCUGCAAUUUUAGUUCAUUUUAAAGAGUUGUCUUUCGAGUUUCUUUGUUAGUUAAUCGAACACUGCAUGUUUACUCUGGAUUCAUGUAUUUACUGUACCAUCUUUUUCUGUCUAGGACAUGUUGCCUUGGUCGUUAGAACAGUAAAAUCCACAUGAAGGACAGGUACAAAAAACACCCAUCGGGUGAACUGUCUGUUGAGAGUGAAAGACUAUGAUUUUAUCAAUGUGACCUCCGACAUCAGACAAAUAUCAAACCGACUAUCGAGCUACUUUAAGAUCUUUGAAAAAUAAAACCUUUACAACUUUCCUGAUUUAAUAUGCAUCACUGAAGACCUCACUCCUUUUACAAGACUCUUUCACUGAUAUGCCAUUGACUUCUGCCAGACAUAUAUUAAUUACAAGCGUAUGUUCUAAUGGUUCAUCUACAGCUCUACCAAGCAAAAAAAGACUCUGCAAGUCCACUUAAACAGGAUUCCCAUUGCUCAACCAAGAAUUGAUCCGUAAGUGCUAAAAAUCUCUUCUUCCAAAAUAUUGUUGCCUCGGAAAAAAAAGAUGGCGUCUACCCCUGACAUUCUGCGCUUCCAACUGCCUGGCCAUGAGGCAGCCACCCUUCGCACCAUGAACCAGCUACGAUCGGAAGAAAGAUUUUGCGACAUCACUGUGCUUUCUGAUGGCUUCAAAUUUAGAGGCCACCGUGUGGUCCUAGCUGCUUGCUCUCCUUUCCUCAGAGACCAGUUUCUACUCAAUCCAGGCUCUGAGCUCCAGGUGUCUCUCAUGCAUGGACCUAGGGUAGUCUCUGAUCUCCUCCUUUCCUGUUAUACAGGCCUCCUCGAGUUCUCUGUGAGGGAUAUUGUGAACUAUCUGACUGCAGCCAGCUAUUUACAAAUGGAGCAUGUGGUGGAAAAGUGUCGUGAAGCUCUCACGCAAUUUAUUGAGCCAAAAAUUGGUUUAAGAGCCCCUAACAGAGGCAUGCCCUCCCGUGCUUCAACAACAACAAUGAGCUCCAUUCGGUCAUCAGACAACCGGCAAUCUCUUACAGCGGAGGCUAAGACGGAAGAGGAAAGCGAGGAAGACAUGUUGCUAAUGGCAGAGGAAGAAGAGGAAGAGGAGCAGGGAGAAGAAGGAUCAUCGUCGGAUAUUUGUAUUGUGAAAGUGGAGGCCGGUAUGGGAGGAAGUAAGGGGGGACGCUCAUGGGGGAAAAGGGAAGAGGAGCAGAAUGCUGGGACACAACAGGAAGAGGCUUUAGUAAAUUCUACAGUAGAAGGUGGUGAGACUGGUGAUGGGAACAUCCAACAGGGAGGGAUUUUGAAAGCCAUCUACAGUGAUGAAGUGGAGGGUGGUGAAGGUGUGCUAAUUAUCCCAAGCAAUUACCAUGAAGAAGAAGGUGAGGUGUUUGAUAGCUCAGGUGGAUGCCAGAGCAGCAUGGUGGCUGAUGGUGGAUCUAGAAGUGUACUUGGUGGAUUAGGAGGAGCAAUGGGUUCACUGGUCACUGGGGAUGCAAGAUUUGGAAGUAGACGUCCAAUUAGGUGCUGUAAAUGCGAGGAGGUUUUUCAGGGAGUGGAGAAGCUGGUUUUCCACAUGCGGGCGCAGCAUUUUGUUUUCAUGUGUCCACGGUGCGGUAAACAAUUCAACCAUAGCAGUAAUCUUAACCGUCACAUGAACGUGCAUCGGGGAGUAAAAUCGCACUCCUGUCACAUAUGUGGCAAAUGCUUCACUCAGAAAUCCACGCUUCAUGACCAUCUCAACCUACAUAGUGGGGAACGUCCUUACCGUUGCUCUUAUUGUUCGGUGAGGUUUGCGCACAAGCCAGCCAUACGACGUCACCUAAAAGAACAGCACGGAAAGACCACCGCUCAGAAUGUCUUGGAGGCCGGGGUGGCCGAGGUUAACAUUCUAGUUGGGUGAUGGUUAAGUAAGACUUUAAUGGAAGUUGAUGGAAAUUCCGAUUGGAAGACAGACAUUUCUAAAAUGCAAGAUUGAGCUUUACAGAACAUAUGUUGAUCAAUGUUCAGCUAACAUGUCGUAACUCUAAUUUAACCUCUUCCAGCUGCCCAGUGCCCUUAUUAGAGUGACCUCUUUGCUGUCACGGUUUUCACCUUUUAUGAGCUAGUGUUGGACUCUAUAGACUUUAGGACUAAAUUUUGAAAGACCCCAUGAAUGCGUCUACUUCCCUUUUCCACCAAAAGUAUAAUGUUACUCUCACGCUCCAUGCAGUCUUUUUAGUCAUUCUGUAAUAAUACUUAAUUUUUAUGAAAUAAAAUAUUUGUUUUAUGAAUGAUACUGCAUUUUUACCUUACCCUUGUGAUAUUAGCUAUUGAUAUCAUGGACCCGUCUGCUGCUCACAUCUCCUGUAUAGAGCUAUAACUGUAUCAUUCUAUAAUUUAACGAAGCAGGUCAAAUGCAUUGGACUGUUGUGUAUAUUGUGUUCACUGGACACAGCGAUACUAUACGAAUUGGAGCAAAUCUUGUCGUACACACAGGGGAAAUCACUAAACACCAAAUUUUCACAAAUUCAAUCCUAAUGGCAAAAUGGAGGCAGACUUUGCCAAAUUGUGUCUGUGGAUAAAUUGAAGAAUCUGCUAUUUUUGCCUCAGUUCUGACAUUUGGGUUUAAUUUGCAAAAAUGUAAAGUCUAGUGAAUAACCCUGUUAGGCUUAGUAACUAACAGAGUUAUUCACUAGAGUGAGAAUUUAAAGUGAAUUGCAAAUUUAAGGUCAAAGUAGACGAUCUAG